GCAAGUUCCUGUGGCUGAGAUGGCUGCCAGUGGCCCUGGCACAGGCCUCAGGAGAGCCUUGGGCGCCUUGUCCUGCUCUGCUUGGAGACAAGUUCACUCUAAAGCUGGGCGACACCUGAAGCAGGAAUACGAUGCAGUGGUGGUAGGAGCAGGACACAACGGGCUGGUGGCUGCUGCAUACCUGCAGAGACUGGGAGUGAACACGGUGGUGUUGGAGAAGCGCCACGUGAUUGGCGGUGCUGCUGUCACUGAAGAGAUCAUCCCAGGGUUUAAGUUCUCCCGAGCAUCCUACCUCCUUAGCUUGCUGCGUCCACAGAUUUACACGGACCUGGAGCUGAAGAAAUAUGGACUGAAGCUUCAUCUCCGAGACCCCUACGCCUUCACCCCCAUGCUAGAAGAAGGCAGAGGAGGCAAGGUGCCCAGGUCCCUUCUACUGGGCACAGACAUGGCAGAAAACCAGAAGCAAAUUGCCCAGUUCUCAUGGAAGGAUGCCCAGGCCUUUCCCAGGUACGAGGAGUUCAUGAGCCUCUUGGUGUUAGCCAUUGACCCCCUGCUGGAUGCAGCCCCAUUGGACAUCGCUGCCUUCCAGCACGGCUCCCUCCUGCAAAGGCUCAAGCUGCUGUCCACCCUCAAGCCCCUGGUGAAGGCAGGCCGCACUUUGGGAGCCCAGCUUCCCCAGUAUUACCAGGUCCUCACAGCCCCAAUUACUAAGGUGCUGGAUCAGUGGUUUGAGUCUGAGCCUCUAAAAGCUACUCUGGCAACAGAUGCUGUAAUUGGAGCCAUGACAAGUCCCCGCACUCCAGGGAGUGGGUAUGUGCUAUUGCAUCAUGUGAUGGGGGGUCUGGAAGGGACGCGGGGCGCCUGGGGCUAUGUCCAAGGAGGCAUGGGUGCCGUCUCUGAUGCUAUCGCCAGCUCGGCCACUGCGCAUGGAGCAAGUAUCUUCACUGACAAGCCGGUGGCUAAGGUGCAGGUGAACCACGAGGGCCGUGUUGAAGGAGUCCUGCUGGAGGAUGGUCUGGAGAUCAAGAGCAGAGUGGUGCUGUCCUGUGCGUCACCACAGGUCACCUUCCUGAAGCUGACACCACAGGACUGGCUUCCAGAGUCUUUCCGGGAGAGAAUCUCCCAGCUGGAUACACAGUCUCCUGUCACCAAGAUCAAUGUGGCUGUAGACAGGCUGCCCAACUUCCUGGCAGCCCCCAGUGCUCCCAAGAACCAGCUGCUGCCCCAUCACCAGUGUUCCAUCCACCUGAACUGUGAAAACACGCUGCUCCUCCAUCAGGCCUUCGAAGAGGCCGUGGGUGGCCUGCCCUCCCGCAGGCCUAUGAUCGAGCUCUGCAUCCCGUCCUCGCUGGACCGCACCCUGGCUCCGCCCGGCUGCCAUGUCAUCUCCCUCUUCACCCAGUUCACACCCUACACAUUGGCAGGAGGCAGAGUCUGGGAUGAGCAGGAGAGAAAUGCCUAUGCAGACAGAGUGUUUGACUGCAUUGAGGACUACGCCCCAGGCUUCAAGGCCUCUGUGGUGGGCAGAGACAUCCUCACACCACCCGACCUGGAGAGGAUCUUUGGGCUUCCUGGAGGGAACAUAUUCCACUGUGCCAUGUCUCUAGACCAGCUCUACUUUGCCCGCCCUGUACCCCUGCACUCUGGCUACCGCUGCCCUCUCCCAGGCCUGUACCUCUGCGGAAGUGGGGCCCAUCCUGGAGGCGGUGUUAUGGGUGCCGCCGGACGCAAUGCAGCCCAUGUGGUCUUUGAGGACCUCAAGAACAUGUGAUGCUGGGCCAACAAGGAGAAGAACUCAUCCCAGAAUUUCAAAGACCCCGAACUGGGCCACCACCCAGAAAGCUCUGCUCCCAAGAAAGCUGUAUGAGGAAGCCAUCUAUAAGCUGAGCCCGUGUCAAAGCAGCGUGCCAGUUACCCUGUGCCCCAGGCCUCCCGAACAAAUUGGGUUUGUGUUAUU